CAGCGACAGCACCUGCUGGAACCAAUCAUCCUGAGCUGGAGAAAGACGGGGACUGCUUUGAUAACAACAAACAUCUUGGCUGGCAGUCGAUCCAAGACUGGACUUUUGGAGUUAAAAUGCCAACUGUGAAAAACAAGGCAAAAGAAUAUCCAACUGUGAAGGACCUGCAGAAGGUUUUGGACUCUUGUAAGCUACACCUUAAUCAAAUUGAUGAAGUAUGGCCAAAAAUAUACAUAGGAAAUGUGGCAGUAGCCCAAAACAAGGCUAUCCUGCUGAAUUUAGGCAUAACUCAUGUGUUAAAUGCUGCUCACUCCAAGCAAGGCAGCCUAGGGAACCAAAGAUUUUAUGGCAACGACUUUGUGUAUUUUGGCAUUCCAGCAGAUGACUCGACUCACUUUGAUCUGGACGUUUACUUCCAGUCUGCAGCGGAUUUCAUUCAUAAAGCUCUGAAGUCACCUGGUGGGAAGGUUCUGGUGCACUGCAUCAUGGGAAUGAGCCGCUCAUCGACCCUGGUGCUGGCCUACCUCAUGAUCUACCAUCACCUGCCGCUCAAACACGCCCUGCAGAAAGUGAUCCAGAAGAGGGCCAUCUAUCCCAACAGAAAUUUCCUGGCUUUGCUGCUCGAUCUGGAUCUUCAGCUGACGAGGAAAAAGAAGACCUGUCAGAUCCUGUAGAACAUUUCACCCUUACAGAGUUGCAGUUUCUAAAUGUCAAGAAGUCAGGUAGUCUGUUGAUCCAACAGUCCUGACUGUAAUAUUUCUGCAGAAAAUCCUUUUGACUUGGCACAUCAAAGGUUUUCUGGGAUAUUCAGGUUUAUUCUGAUGUCAUGUUAGCAUCUUAAACUGAGAACAGAAUCUGUGUACAUAUUCAUAAUCACAAAAACCCCAUCUGUCAUCUUCCAGCCCUAUGCUUAACUUUUUUACCUUCAUAAAUUAAUACCCACAGCCCCAUAUUGAAAAAUACAUUUUUCACCCAACAACUUACUUGACUCAACUGCAACUCUUGACUCAAGACUUCAGAACCAUCUGAAAGUCAAAAUUUAUUUCUCUGCAAUGACAGCAAAAGGUCUUCAGUGGCUCUAUGGCUAAGUCACCAGUUAACCAGUUCUUUCCCCAACUCGUAUCUUAUUCACUACCAUUUUGUCCCAUUCUACUUCCAUUUUGUACUUGGGACAGUAGUACUUUGUAACCAAGUAAUUUAACCAUUGUGUAUCAAUUUAUUUGUCGUUGUCGUCAAGUAUUUCCAUGAAUAAUGGAGAUGAGUGGUCACAAAAGCACUCAAAUAAUUUAUUUAUAUUGUAUAAUAUUAUCUGAAGACUUUAGUUUGCUCUCUAUUCCCAUUUAUUUUGGUUCUGAUCCCCACUUGGUUUCUAUAAAAUCUGAUCUCAAACUAAAAUAAAUGUAAGUAAUCUCCAGUUGGUA